CUGGCUGUCAAAUAAGUAUUAAAAUAAAUUCAAAGUGCAAAAAUGUGAGCUGAGAUACUUAGAAAUAGCAAAAAAAUAUGUAAAAAUAAGAAAAACAUGAUGGCUUGCGAGGUGUGUGAACAUUGCAACUCUUCUAUAAACGGUCGUGCCGCCAUCUAUCAAGGCUGUAGUUAUCACGAAAAAUGCAGGAAAUGCUAUGUCUGCAGUGAAACCGAUCUGCAUGGUGCAGAGGUGUUUAGAGGUGUCAUAUUUUGCUCUAGCUGCUCAAAGAGGAUAUUUCAAGGUUGCUACUCAGCAAGAAAAUCUAAGAACAAACCUAGAAGAAAAUCGAGACCUAUCAAAAGACGACGACACGAAAACGUCAUUGAGAUUGCCAGGCGACAUAUUAACGAAAGUCGGAGUGAUUCUGACUAUGAGGAAUAUAGCAAGUCAACGAAGACAACAACACAACCAAAUGUACAAAAUAAACAAGUAAAAUAA